ACCAUCUCCGAACGAACGUCCUUCGCCCAAGCCGCAGAUAUGAGCGCCGCACAUUUCAACAUCACGCCCGAGAAGCGCGCAUCUCAUCGCCAACUUCUGAAACGACAACUCUGGGUCUCUCCGCCAAUCGCCAAAAUCAGCGAAGUCGACCUGACUGGCAAAACUGUUAUUGUCACCGGCUCCAAUACCGGCAUCGGAUUGGAAAUCGCUCGGCAGCUCUUAGAUGUCGGUGUAAGCAAGCUGAUUCUUGCUGUGCGCACCGCGAGUAAAGGCGAUGCAGCCAAGGAGAAUCUCUUGACUGGUCGGCGCCCCUCAAAACAAACCAUCGAAGUCUGGAGUUUGGAUCUUGAAAGUUACGAUUCAAUCAUCGCCCUCGUCGAACGUACCAAGACCCUGGAAUGCCUGGACAUCUUUGUUCACAAUGCGGGUGUUCAGAGGAUGGAUAUGGAAUUGCACCCCACCACUGGCCACGAAGAGGUUGUUCAAGUCAACUAUCUCUCCCUUGCUCUUUUGUCGAUUCUAUUGCUUCCUGUUCUCCAAUCCAAGAACACCCCGCUACAGCCAGGUCGUUUGGUAAUUACAGGGUCCGAUGCGUCCUCCAUGGCCAAAUUCUCAGAGCAGAAUGAUGUUCCUCUUUUACCAUCUUUCAACGAUCCAAAAUACUUUGAUCCCCAAGACCGCUACUUCACGUCUAAAUUGCUCGGCCAAUUCUUCCUUACCGAAUUAGCUAAGCGCGUACCGGCAUCUGUCGCUAUUGUCAAUACUGCCAGCCCAGGUUUAUGCCACGGAACAGAGUUGAAUAGAGGAAGUGAUGGCACUAUGGUCGGAUUCAUAUUCGGCAUCAUCAAGCGUCUUCUUGGUCGAGCAUCCGCCGUUGGUGCUCGUAACAUCACCGAUGCUGCUGUCAAACACGGCAUGGACUCCCACGGACAGUACUUGGAAGAUGGACAUAUCCAACCAAUGGCACCCAUUGUAUACAAGGCUGAAGGACAGCGAAUUGCCGGCCAGCUUUGGCAAGAAACAAUGGAUGAUCUGGCAUUUGCACAUGUCGCUGAAAUUGUCAAAGACCUGGGCCAUUGA